AUGUCCACCCAAACCCUGGUAGCGGGUGUCUCCGUUCUCAGUGCAGCAGUCAUUGCCGGAAGUUUGAUCUGUGUUGGAUACAUUGUCAACGACAUCAACAACUUUUACGAUGAUGCUUUGUCUCAACUCGAGGAGUUCCAGGGAUUCUCCACCGGAGCUUGGACUUCCAUGACGGAUGUAACUGUACACAGAGCUGCCAAGAACCCAUUCUUGAUCGGAAGAAACAAGCGUCAAGCACAAUGCAACUGUGGUCAACAACCUAAUAACUGCCCACCAGGACCUCGAGGACCCCCAGGAGCUCCAGGAGCCCCAGGAGAAGACGGACACAGAGGAUCUCAAGGAAGCAACGGUCAUCCUGGAAUUCAAAACUCUGUCCAUGGUGGCAAUGAUGGCUGCAUUACUUGCCCAGUUGGACCACCAGGACCAGCUGGUCCAGAUGGAUCCUCAGGAUUCCCAGGACCCGACGGAGAACCAGGUGCACCAGCCUACGGAGGACCAUCAGUCGGCCGCCCAGGACCUCCAGGACCAGCAGGAAACCCAGGAGCUCCAGGAAGACCAGGAUCAAGUGGACAACCAGGACACCAAGGAAAAUCCGGAAAUCGUGGUCGUGGGCUUCCAGGACCAGCAGGACCAAGAGGACCAGCCGGUCCUCGUGGAUCUGACGGACAACCAGGACACGCAGCUGCCCCAGGAGCCCCAGGACAGAUGGGAGAAUCAGGACCAAUGGGACUUCCAGGAGCACCAGGAAACGAUGGAGAAAAUGGAGUUCCAGGUGAAGUUGGAGUUCCAGGAUCAGAUGCUGAGUAUUGUCCAUGCCCUCCACGUGAUGGAGAUAACUAUGAUAUUAAGCGUGCUAGCCACCGUGGACGUGUCUACGGUUACUCCAUGAAGGCUUCUGCUGCUGCUCGUAGCCGUGCCGCUAUUGCUCGCCGUCGUGUUAACAAGCACCGUACUGCUCGUCUUGCUCCAAAUGCUACAAGCAAGAAGGCUCACAGCUCUGGACACACUGGACAGAAGAGAGUCGUCAGAAGAAAGACCGAACAUCAUUAA